AUUAGUGUCAUCAGACAGCUCGCAGUACCACCCUUGUAAAAAGCUGUACAUCAUUUAAAAAAAAGUGCCAGAGAUAAUAAAGACGCUUAGGGUUUGUAUCUACGCCACCCUGCGCAGUCGGGUCAGAGCUGGCACUCACCCACACAACUUUCUGCCGAGUCAUCGGGACAGGCACGCACCUCAGCCCCGGCACUGCGCGCUCCUCUCCAGGUCUGCUCAUCACCUUCACCGUCAGCGCGGGCAGGGCUGAGAUGUCAGGAGCCGUGAAUGAUAAGCCGGGAACACCGGGUGGUCGUCAGAGGUCUGAGAGGAUCCACGUCUCGAUCAAAAGUCUUACGGAGAGCAAAGACUUCAGCGUUAGAGGAGGCUGCACCGUCAGACAGCUGAAAUGGGGACUAGCAGAGCGCCUGGGAGUCCCUGCAGAGCAGCUGGUGCUGAGCCACUCCGGCCGGGUCCUCAAGGAGUCAGAGCUCCUGAGUCACCUCAAAGCACAGGAUGAGUCACUCAGCAUCUUUAUGAUCCAAAGGCCACAGCAUCCGUCUGUUGCACCCACCUGUGAUCCACCUUCAGAAAGCCAGUCUGAGCUCACAGCAGUUCUCGAUCCUGACCAUGAUAACUUCACACCGUCUCCCACCUCUCCCCUCUGUCUGGUGGAAGGUCUGGACAGGCUUGGCCUAACAAACAGCGGGCCUGGCUUCUUCCCUGCAAUGCAGCGCCAGAUGGAGAGCCAGCUGUUGGCUAACCCGCAGAUGAUGCGCCGUGUCCUGAGCAGCCCUUUAGUGCAGAGCACCCUCUCCACCUCCAGCCCUCAACUAACCAGACAGCUCAUUUUGUCUAAUCCCCAAAUUCAGCAGCUCCUGCAGACGGACCCAGAGGUGGAAGAUAUACUUAACAACACAGAUAUCAUCACACAGGUGCUGGAGCUCAUCAGGAACCCUGACAUGAUAGAGGAAGUGAUGCGUAAUGAAGACAGAGCACAAGGCAAUUUGCAGCCAGAGCAGGACGACUCUGAAAGCAUCAGCAGUGAUUCUGAUGUGUCUGAGAAGACUGAAACAAAAAGGCAAAAAUUUUCACAGAACCAGAUGGGAGCACCCUCAGUGGUGACUGCAUCAUCUGGGACUCAACAGCCAACUGAAGGAAAAAGCGAGCAGACUCCACCUGUCUCCAGUCAAUCCACAGAUCCUCUCAGAGAACUGACCGCCUCGCCCAUAGCUAAUUCAAACUCUCAGAGCACUGUUACUGCAGGCUUGCAGUCACUGCUAGAGGAGAUCACUUCCACUCCAGGACUGAUGGAGAGUCUGCUGUCUGGGCCGUACGUCAGCAGUCUCCUCAACUGCCUCGGACAGAACCCUGACCUGGCUGCACAGAUGCUGCUGAGCCACCCUUUGUUCUCAGGAAAUCCUCAGCUGCAGCAGCAGAUGAGACAGCAGAUCCCUCUCUUCCUGCAACAGAUGCAGAGUCCAGAGCUGCUGGCAGCCAUGUUGAACCCCAGAGCCAUGGAGGCUCUGCUACACAUCCAACAGGGCUUACAGACUCUGGCUGCAGAGGCUCCUGCACUGAUACCUGCGACUGUAAACGUUGGAGUCAGUGUUAAUGCUUCCCCUGAGCGAGCCUCGGACUCUGUCCUCAACAGCCAAUCAGGAAGUGGUCCUGAGGUUGCCAUGACGACAGAGCAGCAGCAGCAGCAGCAGUUUGUACAGCAGAUGCUACAGGCGCUGGCGAACACCGAUCAUGGGGUUCAUGUAGAGGAGGCCGAGUUCCAGGAUGAGCUGGAGCACCUGAGCUCAAUGGGCUUCAGAGACAGAAAGGCAAACCUUCAGGUCCUCAUCAGAACUGGAGGAGACCUCACCACUGCUAUACAGCAUCUGCUCAGUCUCUGACAGACACUCACACAUGUGCACACACACACACACACACAUACACAUUCUUGUACUGUCUUUCUUUGUGAGGAUCCUCAUUGACAUAAUGCAUUCCAUAACACUUACCCUAACCUAAACCUAGCUCUCACCUGAACCCUAAAACCAAGUCUUAACCCUCAAACAGGCCUAAAUGUCCUCACUUUGCAAAAAUGUCCUCACUCUGUUGCCAAAAUAUGUUCUAUGGUCCUCCCUGUGUAGCAUGUACAAGUACACAUACACACACAUAUGUUGAUCUGUGCAUACUCACAUAUAUAAGUGAAUGCACAUACAUAUUAUAUUUAAGCUCAUACACUUGAUCACAUUAUGAUCAGCGAUUACAAAGUGCUCUACAAAAAACAAACACAGGAAACAUGCAAGCCAUAUUUAUAUUGCUGCACUUAUAUUCAUUCCGUAACUCCUCUCACUAACCUCUGUGUGCAGUAGUAAAUUAUGUUUCUUUCAAGCAUAACAGCAGUGGUGGGGAGUAACUAAUUACAUGUAAAUGAAUUAUAAAAGAAAUGUAGUUGCAAUCAGUCACAGUUGCUGAAAAAAAAAUAAUGUUGGUAAUUACAAAGGGGUUACAUCUGAAUAUAUUCUUUUUGGUAGAAAGCUUAUACUUAGAAUAAAGCACUUCUUCUGACAUAGCAUAUUUUCAGAUAUUUUUCAGCUUUAUCACCCAGUUUAAAGCUUUUGUUUGAAAAGUAAUCAAAUGUAAUAAGUUACAUUACUUUGAUGAAGUAAAUAAAAUAUUUACAUGACUUAUUUCAUUUUAACAGGGUAACUAAUCUAUAACCGAUUACAUUUCAAAUAUAACCUUCCCAACACUGCAUAACUGACGCCCUUACCUCAGUACACCUCACACUUGUUUUUCCUUAUUUGAAUAGUGUGUGCCGUAAGCUUUACAGACUGUGCAUCCCUUUGAGGAAAAGGUGUGAUAUGUGAUAUUUGGCUGUAUAAAUACAUGUAAAACUGACUUGACAUGUUUUGUAUGAAUUGAGUAAAUGUACACGAGUUAAUAUUAGGGUAGAAAGGAAAGAAUGCAAUCACUUUCACCCUUUCAGAGACUAUUGCUGUGUCAUAGUACACAGCCAUGUAGUACACUGUGUACACUAUGUACUUAUAAUGCGUGCAUCCAGACUGUUGCUGGCCAUAAUAUCUGCUGGCUUGUCCUCUUGCCUAUUCACCGGAGCAACUGCAGCUGCUUCCACUGCCACCAUUUUCACAAGUUUGGUGAUCCCUCCCCUUCUGCUAUGUAGCCAAGAUGGCGACCAUUGAAUAAAUGAAUGAAUGACUUAAUUUCAAACCAAAACUUUAAAAAUAAUAAAAAACAAACUAGACAAAGAUAACAGUGUCUGACAAGGAGCAGGUAGAAGUAAAACUUACAUGUCCCUACCCAUUUCUUACAUUUCAUUUUUUAAUUCAAUUUUAAUACAAAUUCCCAAAUUUAUUUACAACUAAUAUACAACUAUCCCAAGUUUAUUUACAACAACAGUCAUAAACCUAAUUUAUUUACAGUCCAAGUACCACCCAGUGUUACAAAAUGAAUAUGCACUUCCCUAACAUAACCUCUCCUCCUCUAUGUAUCUGCCAAAAACAUCUUUUUUGUAUAGUUUUUUAAAUUGAAUUAUAUUUGUGCCUUUUUUCAACUCAUCACACAGCCCAUUCCACAAGUCCACCCCAUACACUGAAAUACACAGACUCUUCUUAGACAAUUUAUUUAUGCUAAAUUAUUGUUUAAAUUUACUCAUUUCGGUCGUGACUUCUUCCAAAAGCUGCUGCAGACUUUCCCCAGAACAAAGAUCAUUGGUGUUGUCUGCGAAUAGAACAAAUUUUAAUUUUCUGGACACCAUACAUACAUACGUUAAGUACAAAAUAAAAAAUUUGGGACCUAAAACUGACCCCUGUGGGACCCCAACAAUUAUGUUUAGGCACAAACUGCUGUCUGUGUCCAAUAUAGCUUUUUACUUAAUCCAACACAACCCCUCUUACACCAUAUCUUUCCAGUUUUUUGAGUAAUAUGUCAAGGUUUAUGUAUACUACCUACUCCAUAAUUCUCGUUAUCAAUACAACCAGUAAUUUCCUGUUAAUUCCAUUAAUGCCAUUUAUGUUGAUGUAUUU